AAAUAGUGUGUGCGGUCCGCUAAGCAAGCGGCCAGGUGAAGAUGGCGGAAUCGCUGAAUGUCGGGCUGUCUGAGGAAAAAGAUUUAGAAAACGAAAACCGGAGCCGCACGACAAGUUCGUGGAGUAAUGCGGCAAGGAUUCGUAAAGCCGUUCCUGUGACGGACAUGGCGGAAACCUUGGGGUUUUACGACCGACCGCUUGACAACGAGGAGCAACGGGAAAGCUCAGAAGUAGAGGACACAGAAGAGCCGUCCUUGCUGAGGUUUAUGUGUGCGGAGCUGACCAGGGGCUACUUUCUGGAGCACGAUGAGGCGAAGUACACAGAGCGGCGAGAGAGAGUCUACACAUGCAUGAGGAUCCCCAAGGAGCUGGAGAAGCUGAUGAUGUUUGGCAUCUUCCUGUGCCUGGAUGCGUUCCUCUAUGUGUUCACUUUGCUGCCCCUCCGAACCCUGCUGGCCUUCCUGAGAUUGCUGACCAUGCCCUGCUGUGGCCACAGGGCACAUGUGUGCCCUUACUGCAGAAGGAGCAGUGUUUCGCGGUUCCUGCAGCCAGCCCAAGUGUGUGACUUACUGAAAGGUCUGAUUAUGGUGCUGUGUUACUUCAUGAUGCAUUACGUGGAUUAUGCCAUGAUGUACCAUUUAAUCCGGGGGCAAUCAGUCAUCAAACUAUACAUCAUUUACAACAUGCUGGAGGUGGCAGACCGUCUCUUCUCGUCCUUUGGCCAGGAUAUUCUGGACGCUCUAUACUGGACUGCCACAGAGCCGAAGUCCAGGAAAAGAGCUCACAUUGGAGUCAUCCCUCAUUUCAUCAUGGCCGUCUUCUAUGUUUUUCUGCAUGCCAUCCUCAUUAUGGUGCAGGCGUCCACUCUGAACGUGGCUUUCAACUCUCACAACAAGUCCCUUCUCACCAUCAUGAUGUCCAACAAUUUUGUGGAGAUAAAAGGAAGCGUCUUUAAAAAGUUUGAGAAAAAUAACCUCUUUCAGAUGUCUAAUAGCGAUAUUAAGGAGCGCUUCACUAACUACAUUCUGCUGCUCAUUGUGUGUCUGAGAAACAUGGAGCAGUUCUCCUGGAACUCAGAUCACCUGUGGGUACUGCUGCCGGAUGUCCUCAUGGUGGUGACCUCUGAGGUUGCGGUGGAUGUCGUAAAGCAUGCGUUCAUCACCAAAUUCAAUGACAUCACUGCAGAUGUGUACAGCGAGUACAAAGCCAGUUUGGCAUUUGAGCUUGUGAGCAGCCGACAGAAGAAUGCAUACACAGACUAUAGUGAUUCUGUGGCCAGAAGAAUGGGCUUCAUCCCUCUGCCCCUGGCUGUCCUGCUGAUCCGAGUAGUGAUGAGUUCAGUGAAGAUCCAGGGAGCUCUCUCAUCUGUCUGUCUUCUGCUCUUCUACCUAGGAAUGAUUACACUCAAAGUGUUGAACAGUAUAGUUCUGCUGGGGAAAUCCUGCCACUACGUUAAAGAGGCAAAAAUGGAGGGUAAACUGUUUGAAAGACCCAACACUUCAGCUCCAAAACAGACCCCCACCAAACCCAGCAGUACCACAUGCCCCCCUCCCUCAGGUGAGCCAAAGAUGCCUCAGCCAUCUCCCUUCAUCACAAAGCAACCCACACCACGAGCAUCAACGUCACUUCCUCCAGAACCACCCCCUGUAACCAAGGAAACCAGUGAGGCUCCUCCAGAGAUUCCACCUAACCCAGUGGAGGGCAGCAGCGAGACACCUCAAUCUCCAGAACUCAAACACAGAGCUCCAAAGAAAGACCUGCUGGAGAUUGACCGCUUCACAAUAUGUGGGAACCGUAUACUUUGACCGCUGUAGUUUCUGCCCAGGAACUACAGCCAGGGUGACUUUUAAUCUCCAUAGUCAGCGUCUCAGAGUCCAGAGGCUGGGCGGUAGGGCAGCUUAGUACCAGAGAAAAUGGGAAAUGGACAGCGUUAAGCGUUCCAGCUUUUGCCCAUAACGAAUCAUAACAGCCUGGUGGAUCAUGUAGACAUAGGAACUCAGUGCAGUGGAUAUGCACCAUCGUGAACAGUCGGCCAUUAAAAUGGCUUCGUCAAAGUAAAUUAUCUUCUCAUUAAACAGGGAGGAGGAAAAAUCUUGCACAAAAGAGAUUAAAACGUUAAAUAAGUUUACGUUCUUAGUUUUGUUUAACACAAUUCUCCUGCAGGUAGUUAAUAAAUGAUAAAGAUUAUAGUGCCUAAUUUAUUCACUCAAAAAGUAAAACAUUUAGUCAGUCAUUUAUAAUUUUAGCUUGGUGCUGGUCACAAGGCUGGCCACUUGUUUUGUCCAAAUUAGAGGUACCUUCCAAUGUUGCAGAGACUACGGUGAGACUUCCUUACUCAUCAUUGUGUAACAUUCCAUAUCUACUGGUGUUGAGUGAUAUUCACUUUUUGUAACAUUUAGCCAAGUUUUAUUGGGAAAUUCUGCUUAUCGUGCCAAACAGGCGAAUCCAUGAUGCAGAUUUUUAGACUAGAUUCUCAGAUAUUCCAAGUACAUUCAAAAUAACAUGUAUUGAAGUAGCUGUAUUACAUUCUCAUACUCUCUUCAGAAUGUCCAUAGUAGGGACUGGUGAUGGUGAUGGAUGGCAGAUUCUUACUGCGCUCUGUACUCAUUCCGACCUCUUCCAUGAGCGCAGCCAAACCAGCUGACAAAAACCUUGCACUGAUUUACCGCGUUGUCUUAAGCUGUGCAGUAGAAGUUUCUAGAAGCCUCUGUGUUUGGUUUAACAUGCACAAAAGAUUCACCCACAUGUUUACAUCUCUCACUAGAAGUGACCAUAAUUUUACAAAAAAUGUGAUGUGAUAAGUUAUCAUAACCACUGCUGAGUCAUUUUAGAUAUCUCGGGAUUGUGAUGUAUGUAAUGUAUAUUUAAUUGUUUGGUUUAUUUUUUUAAUCGCAAGAAAAUGAUUUAUUGAAGUAUAAAGCUGAAGAUGAUAUGUAGUUCUACACAGAUUUAAUCCUAAGUAUGAAGUAAUUUAUUGUGAGUGUUCUGCUGUUGCUUGAGGGAAGGAAAUGUUCUUUUUUGACUUUUGAGUUUUUCAUACAUCACUGCCCAGUGUGACCCAUCAUAAACAUUCUUAUGAGUAUUAAGUUCACAUGUGUUGGUCCAGACUGACCGCAGCUCACAGCAUUGCUUUCAAACAUUAAUAUUGUUUCUUUUUUUAAUGUGCCAUUAUACCAGCAUUGCAGGGACAUGUUUCAGUAACGUCAUGCUUUCAGGAUGAAGACGAAUGGAGUUCAUUUAAUGUAACUGGCCUGUUUUUGAGGCGGCUAAUAAACUUUUGUAAUGUAA